CUGUGUUGUUUAGGUCAGAUAUAAAAGCAAAAUUUUCAGUCAAUUUGUCCACUUUUAAUCCACCUGGGAAUCAUAACAGGAGUUCUUUGUAACCGAACACGACCAAUAUGUCAUCCAUUUGCUUCUUGCUCACCGUUUUCCUCGUCACAUUUUUGACAAUUGAAGCAUGUACAUACAAAGGAAAGCAUUAUGAAAUAGGUGAGAACUUCAAUGAUGACUGUAACACUUGUUUCUGUGGGGAUAAUGAUAUGGUUCAGUGCACAUUUAUGUUCUGUUCUGGAAAAGAUAUGGUCAAAAAAGAAGUGUGUUUAUACAACAAGAAAGAAUACAAAGUCGGAGCCAGUUUCAAAGACAACUGCAGCACUUGCAAAUGCAGCAGCAACAAUGUUGUUUCAUGCACCAAAAUGCCGUGUCCUAUUACCAACAAAGGGAAAAAAGAAGUGUGUAUAUACAAGAAACAAGUAAGAGGACAUCACAAAAUUGAGACUUUACCUCACAAACGAGAAAAUAGUGAAGCUACCAGCAAAAAAGAAAGACUAACAAUUUUGAGGGGUUACUUACCAUGUCAGAGACAAAAGGGACAGGUCCCUUUAACCUGCUGA